UCUUCUUCUUCUUCUUCUUCUUCAACUUCUCCUUCUUCUUCUUCUUCAACUUCUCCUUCUCUACUCCCCAUGUCUGUGCUUCCUAACGACCUGGAAAAAAAACCAGGAACUGCCCUCUAUACAGAUGAAUCUAUUCAUGACGGACACACGUCCGUCUCGGACGCUUUGCCGCUAGGCGAAGACGGUAAAGUCGAAGGAACUAGACUGAAAAAAGAACUGGAAGCCCGCCACGUUUCCAUGAUCGCCAUUGGCGGGUCCCUCGGAACCGGUCUGCUCAUCGGAACCGGUGGUUCCCUCGCAAGUGCAGGCCCCGUCUCUAUCCUCAUCUCUUACUCGUUCAUCGGGCUUCUGGUAUACACUGUGAUGAGCUGUCUUGGCGAGAUGGCCGCUUUCAUCCCUCUGGACGGGUUCACCUCCUACGCCUCGCGCUACUGCGACCCAGCGCUCGGUUUCGCAGUCGGGUACUCGUACUUGUUCAAGUACUUCAUCGUAACGCCCAACCAGCUCACCGCAGGCGCCAUGGUAAUGCAAUACUAGGUCAGCAGAGACAAAGUCAACCCGGGAGUUUGGAUCACCAUUUUCCUAAUACUUAUCGUUUUCAUCAACACCGUGGGCGUUCGAUUUUUCGGAGAAUUCGAAUUCUGGCUCUCGUCCGUAAAAGUCCUGGUCAUGCUGGGACUCAUCAUCCUGCUUUUCGUCAUCAUGCUUGGCGGCGCGCCAUCCCACGACCGCACGGGUUUCAGAUACUGGAAAGAUCCAGGAGCUUUCAAACCCUACACUGGAAUCCCCGGUUCCAAAGGUAAAUUCGUUUCUUUCGCUUCGGUUUUCGCCCUCGCAUUGUUUGCAUACACCGGUACCGAACUGUGCGGUAUUGUUGCCGCAGAAGCCAGAAACCCCAGAAAAAGUGUCCCUCGCGCCAUCAAACUCACCCUCUAACGUAUCGUGGUUUUCUACGUCAUCACCAUUUUCCUAUUGGGAAUGGUCGUGGCCUACAACGAUCCGCUUUUGCUAAAGGCCAAGAAAAUGAGCACCUCCGCGGCGGCCUCUCCAUUUGUCGUCGCCAUCGUCAACGCCCAGAUCCCCGUUUUGCCCCACAUCUUCAACGCAUGCGUUUUGGUCUUUGUCUUUAGCGCCUGUAACUCCGAUCUCUACGUCGCUUCCAGAACCCUUUACGGUCUGGCCAUCGACCACAAGGCUCCCAAAAUCUUCGCCAAGACCAACAGAUGGGGGGUUCCAUACUACUCCCUUGCGCUCUCGGUCUUGUUCUGCUUGCUGGCAUACAUGAACGUGUCGUCGUCGUCGGGACAGGUUUUCAACUAUUUCGUCAACGUUGUGUCCAUCUUUGGUUUGUUGAGUUGGAUCGCCAUUUUGAUCACAUACAUCCGGUUCGACAAAGCCAUGCGUGCUCAAUUCGGCGACAAAUCCAGUCUUUCCUACACCGCCGCCAUGCAGCCUUGGUCCGCGUACGUGUGCUUGGGUUUCUGCAUCUUAAUCGGUUUGAUUAAGAACUACACCGUGUUCCUAGGUCAUAAAUUCGAUUACAAGACUUUUAUUUCCGGUUACAUUGGUAUCCCAGUAUUCUUGAUCUGCUACGUUGGCUACAAAGUCAUCAUGCGCACCAAACUGAUCGCUCCAGAAGACGUUGAUCUCUACACUUUCAAGGCAGCCAUUGAUGCUGAAGAGGAAGAGGGUAAGAUUUACGAUGCUGAGCUAAAGGAGAAACUGCAAAAUGAGAAAUGGAGUCUCAACUGGUUUUACGACAGAUUCUUGGGAUGGAUAUUC